AGUACGGGCAAGUGCAUUUCAAGUAGCGACCAACGACACAAAAGAAUUCAAACGCAGAAAAAAAAGAAUCAACCAUAGUACCGACUCACGGACAGUGAUCCAAAGGCAUUGAAACUGUAGCAUCUUCAGGAAAAUGACUUUCACUUCCGAAGCAACGACAACGUUCAGGCUAAGCGUGUUCGGCCUCGCCUCCGGAGAGCCGCUGCCGCUGGACCCGCACACGUGGGACGCCGCGACCACUACGGUGAGGCAAGUCAAGGAAGCAAUUGCCCUUGCCUACGUGCUUUCGGACGCGAACGUGCAGAAAAAGUCGCGUAUUUUCUGGGGGCGGAUCGCUCUACUUCCGGGGAAGGAUGAGGACGACGACGCGAACCUGGACCAGGCGGAUUUGAUGAGUUUCCGGGGCCUUGCGGUGGACGAUGCAAAUUUCGUGAAGUUUGUGCAGCAGCAGGAGAAGGCGGAGAAGGAAAACGUUGGAGGGCCACAAGCGAUUGAAACGGGAAAAGUAGCUAGCGCGAGCUUGUUGGCAGGGGCGUCGUGCAAAGCAGACACGGACACGGACUCAGCAUCGAGUUUUCCGGAGAGUAAGAAGCGCCGCGUUUCCAAAUGCGGCUCUGCGGCCACAGGAGAACAUGACUGCGACGAGGUACCUACUUUUUCCGUCCGAUACUACGUGCGCACCUACAAAGCCAUUGAAUCGCGGAGAGAACUGGACGUUGCGCUGCGGCCUUUCUAUAAGUCCGACCCGGGAGGCGGGAACUACAGGUGGGAACAGGUAGUUUCUGUAAGGACCGACGCUCGGAGAUUCGACACCUUUCCAAAGAAAUUCGGCACAGAGGAAGAAGUCGAAGCCGUGUACGGUCCGAUCGUGCUGUGGGACGUGUCGGGUGUAAGAAAUUUUAGCAGAUUGUUUCAGAGCUCCACCUUCAAUCGAGACAUCCGUGGUUGGGAUGUAGCCGGUGCUACUACAAUGGCAGAGAUGUUCUCUUGGAAUUUCUCUUUUGAUCAACCAAUUGGAGAAUUUUGGGACGUCGGGAAGGUGAAGACAAUGCGGCGGAUGUUUGAACAGGCACACGCUUUUAACCAGCCACUCGAUAGCUGGGAUACUGGCAGCGUUGUCGACAUGACUCGAAUUUUUGGAUCAGCAAGGAGUUUCAACCAACACCUGGACAAGUGGAGCACUGCCAACGUUGUCAGCUUAAGAGGGGCUUUUCAGAGCGCUCCGGCCUUCAACGGGCGGAUUGGCCACUGGGACGUCGCGAAGGUGACAUCCUUGCGAGGUAUGUUCGAGUCUGCGUGGUCUUUCAACAAGUCCAUUGGGAAGUGGAACGUAAUAAACGUCCAGGAUAUGACCGGUAUGUUCGGGUUUGCCUAUGCGUUUAACCAACCUCUUGCUAGCUGGAACGUCACGAACGUGAAAAGCUUUGCUUGGAUGUUCAGCCACGCGAGUUCCUUCAACCAGAACCUGCAGGGGUGGCGCCUACGGGAUCCAGUAGAUCGCCACACCAUGUUUUAUUGCGCCCAUUCUUACCAGAAUGGGCCAUUACAGCCUGCCGAUGGGGUUUCAUUUGAUGACGGUACCAAUGCCGAGAAAAUUUUGGGUUCUACGAUUCCUAGAUACUACUUUCCCGAUUUACAAAAUGACGUUUUGGACGAAGACGAUCCACCAGAAGAAGCAGCGGCAGAUCUCUUUAUCCCGUUUCGGGGCGAGUGACUGGAACUGAAAGACGAGUAGAUAUAGACAAGUGAAAAAAACAAUCGUGAUCGUAAUGCUCUUCAACUUCACCGCCUGUCAAAUUCAAUAUAAGCCUGCUUCAGAUAGCUGUAGAUGUAGAUGACAGCGCUUGUGGCGGAAAC